GUGAAAUUAAAUUUUUUUUAGUUUAUCUUAGAAUAAAAGUGAAUUUAACGAUGGGUAAGCCGAAAACAAAGAAAAAACGAAGCUUUAGGACAGGUUGUCAGGUACUGCUUGAAGAACCUUUGUAUUGUGUUGUAAAUGGUAAACAAGGGUACGCAACCCUUUCCCUCACCUACCAGGAUCUAGUACUGGAAGGGGAAGAAAAUGGAUGCUGCUCAAGAAAUAUACAUUUUACAUUCAAACAUGAAGACAUCAUUAUUAUAAGACCGGCUGCAUAUGAAGACAGAAGGAAAGGAAGGAUACCAGUGUUUAUGUUUGUUGUUUACCCCGAGAUAUCUGGUACACGGCAGAGAAUACCGGUUUUUAUGUACAAACCGUGCGGAGCGAAAAGAGAGGAGGCUUUACAUACUGCUAGUACAUGGGUGGACGCAAUCUCUAGGGUAGCCAUAGGUUCGGACCCAGAAUAUAUAAUGGUGAAUUCUAAACCACUUCUAGUUUUACUAAAUCCUCGAGCUGGGAAGGGUAAAUCUCAAGAUGUUUGGCAUACAGUUUCAGGAGUUAUACAAGAAUCAGGAACACCAUGGGAACUGCUGCCAACCCAGGGACCUGGACACGCCAGGGAUGUAAUGGCUAAACUGGACCUGGAUGAAUGGAGUGGAGUCCUUAUCGUAUCAGGGGAUGGACUAGUCCAUGAAGUUUAUAAUGGUCUUUUUAUUAGAUCGGACUGGAGAAGUAGUCUUGAGUUUCCCGUAGGAAUAAUUCCUGCCGGAUCAGGGAAUGCUCUCAGUAGAUCAUUAAUUCAUUUCCAGGAAGAAAAUCUUGAGGAAGAUGGCGGCGUACUUUCUCAAUCUGUCUCCUUUGCACGUGGUAAUUUGGCGCCAUUAGAUCUUAUGCUAGUCAGGACAUCAACAGACACAAGAAUUGCUUUCCUAUCUCUGGGUUGGGGACUAAUAGCAGAUGUUGAUAUUGAUUCUGAACAUCUAAGAUCUUUGGGAUCCAUUAGAUUUUAUUUGUAUUACAUGGUCAAAGUGGCGAAAAGAAGAGUGUACCGGGCAACCAUUAGUUAUGUACCAGUUUAUGUACAAGAUAGGAAAACCAUUCAGGUUCCAAUCCACGAGGAAACGGACUCCGAUUGGACGGAUAGUUCUCAAGAAUUUAGUUUCCCUCCAAAACAUCAAGUGUACCCUGGGCGACCUAGCUAUCCUCCAUCUAUUUAUCAAUCCCCUUACGCAAUAUAUUCAACCCUGCCCCCUCACCUUGCUCAUACAUAUGCCAUGUCCUGGGAGGAGUUAGAUCAGAGGCUUUGCAAUGUUAGUUUCAUGGAUUUAGAUGAAAAAAUAGAACGAGGAAAAUCUCAAAGCAAAGCUAAAUCUUUAAGUUCUUGUCCUCCCACCCCGGGGUAUACUUGCCCACCUACCCCGGGUACUUGUCCAACUACUCCAGGACCUACCUCACCAACACCUACAGGAGAUCCCCCAGCAGCCCCUAGUCCUGUGUUCCCAAGGAAACCUUCUAAGAAUAUGGAUCCACAGAUAUAUCCAUUUACAGCUACUCCUUUGUAUCAGGACUGGGUUAGUGAGACCUCCGACUAUCUCUGUAUCUAUGUACUCAAUCUACCCUAUGUUGACAGACAAACCUUCCUAGCCCCUAGCUCUAGUCAAGAUGAUGGUGUGCUGUGGUUACUUCUAGUCCGAGAAUCAUGCUCAAGAACAGAUCUAGUCAGGUUAAUGAAAGAAGUUGAGCAUGGAACACACAUGAAUAUGCCUGGUGUAGAUUUAUUUCCGGUUUCAUCAGUCAAAAUACAGCCUGUUAGUGAGUUUCCCGAAUCUUUUAUGUCUUUGGAUGGGGAAAAAAUCCCCUCAGGCCCAGUUCAAGUUGAAGUAAUGCCCGGAGCAGGAAGAGUUUUUGUUAAAUAAUUUCAAACUUUCCCUUUAAACUAACUAGCAUUGUACGCUGGUAAACAAGUUAAAGGACUUUUUAACGACAUAAAUUUAUUCAAUUUUUAUUCAAAGAACAUAUUUAUUGUAUACGUUAUUUAUUUUGUAUUUUAAUAAAACUACAA